AUGUUCCUGAACACACAAAUGAGCUCGUAGAUCAGACAAAACUUACACCAGGACUGUGAGGCUGCCAUUAACAGAUGGAUAAACCUGGAGCUCUAAGCCUCAUAUGUUUACCUCUCUAUGGGCUACUAUUUUGAUAGGGAUGACAAAUCCCUGCCACAUUUUUCCAAGUUCUUUCAAGCACAGUCCAAAGAGGAACAUAAGCAUGCAGAGAAGCUGUUGAGUCUGCAGAACAGGUGGGGAGGCUGAAUUUUUCUGCAGGAUAUCAGGAAACCAGAUAGAGAUGAGUGGGGCAGCGACCUGGAGGCUUUGGAGUGUGCUUUGCAGCUUUCAAAAAGUGUAAACCAAUCCCUGCUGGACCUGCAGAAAAUUGCAGCAGAGCACAAUGACCCUCACACGCGCGACUUCAUAGAGUCACAUUUCCUGGGUGAACAGGUCAAAUCUAUCAAACAGCUUGCUGACUGGAUAUCCGACUUGCGAUACACUGGAGCACCAAAGAGUGGCAUGGCUGAGUAUCUGUUCGACAGACACACCAUGGCUGAAGAGAGCAGUUAA